AUGCCUGCACAAUCAUCGAAUUCUUCUCCGGGAUUAAACUACUGGUAUGGCAGUGGUGGCAGUCUUCCAGACGCCCUAGAAGGUCUCCCACCAAAUAGCUCAAACCCACGCUUGAUGCGUCGUGCUUCGGAAGCUGUGGUACAGGCGUCAGGAAUACAGAUAUCUGCAGCCCAUCUUACGUGCUUCUCCGCGCUGGGUGUCUCUGGAUGCUCACUUGAGACACACGAAAAAACGAGUCCCCAGGAGCCCUCCGAAUGGGAUGAAGGCCAAGGAUCUCUCCACCUUGAUACCAACCGAACCAACCUUGUGAUUCGCCCACAGGCAGCGUCCGCCGCUGCAAAUCACAAAGCCCCGCUGGCACCCAAGCAGGGUCUAGGGGGCGCCCUAGCAAACGCUCGGGGACAGCAUCAUUCUCCCAUUGCCGGCACCUACGCACUCCGAACCCCUCGCGGCAAAAUCACAUCCAUAGCAUGUGAGAGCUGCAGGAAACGAAAGUCAAAGUGUGACGGCGUGAGGCCAAAAUGCAACACUUGCCAAUCAAAGAACCUCACAUGUGUCUACGACGUGGCCGAAGAUGGCAAGACGACGACCCAACUGCGGGCCCAUGUGCGGCGGCUUGCCAAGGAGUUGGAGGAUAUGAAAUCCAUUGUGUCGUUGCUGGCCAUGGCUCCGGAUAGAGUGUCGGCAGCGAGCUGGGCAUCCGAGCUCGAGAGAAACGGUUUCGCACACCAUUCCGCCGAGGAUAUUAAAAAGGCUCUUUCGGAGUCCUUGGGGCCAACACCAGCACUUCCAGAUGGCGAUUCCUUUGGCACGCCGAGCAGCGAGCCUUUCGUGGGCGCCUCUCACCACAUGGGGACAUCAUCGUAUGGCGAGUCUUCGCGACAAGAGAGUCGAGAACACAGCCAUUCCUCGCUAGCCUAUUCGCAUGACAACGCUGUUGUUGAAGGUGCCAUACCCACGAACCCGGCCCCACACACCGUGGAAGCAUCGACCAACGCGCUCAACAAAUUUGGGUUCGACUGCGCAUUUUACCAGAGAACGAAACGGGAUCUGAUCGCGAGCGGAUGGAACGAGGAGCAGAUAUUCGGAAGAUCGGAGAUUGACGUCGACACGGUGUUGCUGUGUUUCCUGGAUCCGCAGGAUGCGCAACCUGUUUCGACUUGGUGCGCUCGGACAGUAAACCGGUUGCUUCCAACUGCAUCUAUGCCCGUUAGACUUGCAUCCACAUGGCUGCUCACCAAAGUAAUGCGGUAUCUUAUAUGGCCUAGUCAACAGACGAUAAACAACACUCCGGAUUGGUUGAGGCCGCAGGUUGGAAAGCAGGAAGCGUCGCCGUACGAUAUGUUGGUUGAUCUGGUUCCCUGGCCUCAAGUGCGCCAGCUGCUCUACCAGCACCGUCAAGAAUACAACGUCAUCCACCUCGUCGGUCUGAUCGGUAUCACAUGGCCAUAUGCGGAUGACGCGUGCCACUACUGGGACAUUGAGACGGGAUACAGCCGGAUGACGCCUCUGUACGAGAGUACUGUUGCCGACCUAAACAACUGGACCAUCGACCCGAAGAUACUUGAGAUAAUGCCACAGCUCGAGGGGCAUAUUCCGCUAAAGACGAUGGGAAUCUGAAGUUGUUAGACUAUUAAACCAUUGGAGUUGCAUUCCUGGCGUUUUUGGACUCGAAAUGGGGUCGUUUUGCUGAGACGACCUCUUCCAGACUUUUAUGUCUUUCCCAGCUUUUGGGUGUAUAUUAUUAUCGAGUGUCUGCCGGCGUUGUACAUGACCAGAAAAAAAACCAUUGGCCGUAAAGAUCGUCAUAUUUGCAUUUUUCAAGGCGUUGUCCGAAUGGUGGUAGUAGUAGUAGUAGUCUCUGGAGGGUAGCAGAGAAAAAUAAUGAUAUGAACUUGCAAAUACA